AAGAAUUGCGGUUUUACGUGCUUGCAACCGAACCCGACGGCGUAUUUUUUCCGUUUUUGCCAUUUUUAUUCGCAAUUUCAUUUAGUCGGUAAUCCAAUCGCAUAGUUUCUCCAAGAACAGCUGAAUAUGAAAAGUAUAUGUUUUCAAAUUAUUAUUUGAAUAUUUUUCGACUUGUUUACUAGCGGAGGGCAAUCUUUAUAUUCCUGUGGAUAUGCUCUGAGCCUAAAUAGGUUACUGGGUCAGACUUCGUAUAAAUGUCGGAUGAAUCGAACAGAUAUUUUAUAUACUAGCUGCUUCUUUAAUAGAUCAAAUCUGACUUAGUUUUAAGGCAUAUCAACUGAACAAUUCAUAAAGCAAAAUACAUGAAAAACUUUAAACUUUAAAAAUUUUAGGCAUGUGGCUCUUAUUUGAUCUUGCUUUCACUUAUUUUAAUUAAGUCUUUAUAGAGUUAAAAUGUUACUAAAUCAUUUAUUUGGAUUUUACCCAUCUGAGAUAAUGAAUGGAUGGUAAUGAAUAUGAAUAUGAAUAUGAAUGUGAGUACGAAUAUGAGCAUGAAUAUGAGCAUGGAUACGAAUCUGAGUACAUAUUUGGCCACUUCGGAUGCGACCGCAUCGCCUUUUCCUGGCAUGGACGACUAUGGAUGCCCUCACAUGAAUUGUACGGCAAUGGAGUUUGUUCAGUUCGUGCUCGGCCCACAAACCCUGCCGCUGCAUAAGGCCUUAUUGAUAAGCAUAAUUUUUAGUGGCAUAUUCAUAACUGGCGUGCUGGGAAACGUCUUGGUCUGCAUGGUAAUAAUUCGGCAUGCGGCAAUGCACACGGCAACGAAUUAUUACCUGUUCAGUUUGGCUGUCUCCGAUUUGCUGUACUUACUUUUAGGAUUGCCGGCUGAAGUAUUCCUUUACUGGCAUCAGUAUCCGUAUUUAUUUGGUCUGCCGUUUUGCAAGUUGCGAGCAUUUGUGUCGGAAGCGUGCACAUAUGUAUCGGUGUUCACAAUUGUUGCCUUCUCGAUGGAGCGAUUUCUGGCCAUAUGCCAUCCCUUGCACGUGUGUGCAAUGUCCGGCUUCCAGCGGGCACUGAGAAUCAUUACGGCCCUUUGGAUUGUAAGUUUCCUAAGUGCCAUACCAUUCGGUGUCAAGACUGAAAUUCAAUAUUUGAAUUUUCCAAUCGAUGGAUCUCGAAUACUGGAAUCCGCAUUCUGUUCAAUCGAAUUGGAGUUUCCCGAAGAAUUCCCCUUGUUCGAAGUCUCCUUUUGCAUAUUCUUCAUUAUUCCCAUGAUACUCAUUAUACUGUUAUAUGGUCGCAUGGGCGCUCAGAUCCGAUCCAGAGCCACCGACAAAUUGGGAGUUCAGCAGGGUUCCAGGAAUCGCGAAUCGCGAAGCUCACAGAAGAAAAAGAGAGCUGUUAUACGAAUGUUGGCCGCCGUGGUAAUCACAUUUUUCGUCUGCUGGUUUCCAUUUCACCUGCAAAGAUUGUGGUUUCUGUACGCCAAAAACAUAGCCAAUUAUCAGGAUGUAAAUGAAUGGCUUUUCUCCAUAGCGGGAUUCGCGUACUAUGUUUCCUGCACAAUUAAUCCGAUUGUGUACAAUGUCAUGUCACAGCGCUAUCGGGUUGCCUUCAAGGAGAUACUCUGUGGCAAAAAGGUUGGGGCCUAUUACAACAGCGGAUUUGCCAGAGAUCAAUCCAGUUUCAUUAGGGAUGAAUCCAGUUUUCGAAGGGGCAGCACAGCUACUCCCAAUCUGCGUGGCAGCACUCGCUAUAGCCGGGUAUCUGCUAACGGAAUGCCGGACUGUUCUUUACUAAACACAACAACAAAAAUUGUUAUUGUUCUUGGUAACAACUCGCCCCAAAGAGAUGUGAACCGAAACAUACCAGAAGAAACUGGGGCCAAGAAGCAGGAAACGUGAAUUUAUGGCCUCUCAAUGUAUUUAUGUUUUUAAUAUAAUAUUAUAUCUAAUUAACUAUAAUUAC